AUGACGAUGACAAGAAUGACAAUGGCAACGACAAUACCAACAAUGACAAGAAUGAUGAUGAUGACAAGAAUGAUGACAAGAAUGAAGACAAUGACAACAAUGAUGACAAUGACAAUGAUAACAACAAUGACAAGGAUGACAAGAAUGAUGACAAUGAUGUCAAUGACAAGCAUGAUGACAAUGACAUUGAUGACAAGAAUGGCAAUGACAAUGAUGACAAAUGAUGACAUUGAUGACAGUGACAAGAAUGACAAUGAUGACAAUGACGAUGACAAGAAUGACUACAAUGACAAGAAUGAUGACAAUGAUGAUAAGAAUGACAAUGGCAAUGAUGUCAAGAAUGACAAUGAUGACAAUGACGACAAAAAAGACGAAGACAAUAAUGACAAUGACAAGAAUGACAAAGACAAUGAUGAUGACAAUGACAAUGAUGACAAGGACAAUGACGACAACAAUGACGAUAACAAAAACAAUAAUGAUGACAAUGACGACAAGAAUGAUGACAAUGAUAACAGUCAAGAUGACAAUGAUAGACAAUGA